AUGGACGGCAACGGAACUUCUGGUGGAGGGACUUCCGGCUUGCUGCCGAGCAAUGAGACCGCCCAAAACAGCAGUCACCCGAUGGGAGACCACGGCGGCCAUGGAGGCCACGGCGGCGGAGGUGGCAGUCCCUUCAGCCCGGCCCAAGCAGCGAUGUUUGCCGCUCGGCAGGCAUAUAACGAGAGGACAGCGACGUAUUAUGCGGCCGCCAUUUGUGGUCUCAUUGCCGUAUUCACAUUCCUGCACUGGUCUCGAAAACUCGCGAGCCGAUCGCCGUUCAUUCCAGCCCCAUUGGCUCGGCCCUUUGUUGUCAUCUCCCGACGUCUACGGAACCUCCUUGUCCGCCCGGCGCCUGGCCUGAAUUCCUCUGGCCACGGCCUUCUCGUUGCGGUUUAUGUGGCCAUUAACCUUACCCUCAUGCUCACCAACGUCGACAACUCGAGUCUCAGUCCCGAAGCGUCUCGGUUUGGUUGGCUCCUUGUGACCAACUUGUGCUUCGUUGUAUUUCUCGCUCUGAAAAAUACCCCAUUGGCCUACCUGACGUCGUAUUCCUACGAACGGCUUAACUGCCUGCAUCAGAUUGCAGGCUGCACAACGUUUCUGCUCAUGGUCAUCCACGCGUCCUCGUACACGGCCUUCUUCUUUCAUCUUGGCAAGCUAGAGGUCCUGCGCGAACAUGCGCAGAUUGCGGGCAUGAUCGCGGGCUUCAUGUUCCUCAUCAUGGUCACGGCCGCUCUUCUGCUGCGCCGCUAUGCCUACGAAGCCUUUUAUGUCAUGCACUUGACAGCCUUUUGCGUGGCCAUUGUCUGCAUCGGGUUCCACCGCCCGGAUAUUCACACGCGCAUCCCGGUUGUCUUGUCUCUGACGGCAGCCUUGUUCGCCACCGAUCGUCUCAUCCGCGUCAGCCGUCUCUUGCUGAACAGCACAAGCAAUGAAGCGACCAUCUACCCUUUGCCGAACGGAGGUACGCGGAUCCUUCUCGCUAAGAAACCCCCACGGGCUGUCCCUGGAAAGCAUGUCUUGAUGUGGAUUCCAGCCGUCCGCACGUUUGAGAUGCAUCCCUUUACAAUCAUCGACACAGAAGCUGCCAACGGCUCGACUGAAUUUGUCGUCAAGUCCUACAACGGUUUCACACGAAAGCUUCAUGCCCAGGCAACGGCAAAUCCUGGCCAAAAGCUAUGGGCUGCUGCCGAGGGCCCCUACGGCACCUUCCCCGAUCCCAUGGAAUACGACAAGAUUAUUCUGAUUGCCGGUGGAAGCGGUGCCAGCUACACCUUUGGUUUGGUGGGCAACAUGCUGGAGCGGAUGGAUGCCCAGUCUGCCAAGAACAUUGUGUUUAUUUGGACGGCGAAAACACAAGAAACACUCAGCUGGUUUUCCGGACACCUCGAUACACUUCGGUCGCAUCCAAACGCACCGAAAGUGCAUGUGUCGUUGUACGUCACGCGUGUUCCGGGAUCGUCGUCGUCUGACGAGGAUAUUAGACAUACAACCGGGCACCGAGUCGGUCGAACGACGACACGUUUUAUUGCAGGCGGAGCCACCGCAUCGACAGCAGGACGAGCUGGGCCGACAACACUCGCAAGCGAGACGACGACGUCAGACCUGCACCACGACAGCGACAAGGAGAUGGCUGAGGAGAAGGAGAAGGUGCAUGUCGUGCAGAAGGAACAUGCUACGAGCCGAAACAGUGAUGACAUUGGCAGUCCCAGUGCGGGUGCCAACGUAGCGGCGGACCUGGAAAAGGCAACGGCAGCAGCCGACGCCGCCGCCGCUGCCGCCAACAGCGAGGCCAACGGAACCGAGUCACAGCCUCUGCGCCACUCCUUCUCGCCGGGCCGCCCCGACGCGGAGACAGUGAUCCGCACUGCCGUAUCAUCGACGGCGCGAAUACAACGUGUCUUGGUCGCAGCGUGCGGCCCGCCGACACUGAUGAAGACGGUGCGCAGUGCGACGGCCAAAUGCAUCACCAGCGACGGGCCGAGCGUCGAGCUGCACUGCGAACAGUUUUCCUGGUGA